GUUUUGUUGACAUUGUCUUCACAUAAUGGGCCGCAUGAGUAGAUAUAAGAAAAUAAAAUCGUGUGAUCCAUUUUACAAAGGACCGAGGAAAGACAACGCCUCAAUCAGGCAAAUCUCGCCGUUUUGUCUCGCCCUUGAGCAGCGAAAGGAAAUCAAACAACUGUCAAUACAGAAUAUGAUGAAAGAACUGAAAGGGACUGGGUAUAUUUCUUUAACUACCUGCAACACUGUUUACCNAGGCAGUGGAAAGAAGUUAGCAAUGCAGUCUGACAAAGUGCGGAAUAUUAGGCGCCAUUUUUACCCUUUGUGUUUUUCAGAUAGUGUUCGGUUUGGAGAUGUUGUAAUGCAGCCGCCUUCUCUUACAGCAAAACCCAGAAAAGCAGCUCAAACAAAGAAGGGAUCGAAGACGCUGUUACUCCACUCGUUAGUCUCGCAAGAAAAAGACCCGAACUGUGACACAAAUGCGCAAACUAAGACUUCAGUAGGUGCUGGGCUGCCGAAAGCCAAGAAACGCAAGCAUAUGUCAGCUCUUGAACAGGAUAAAGCUGACAAGGAGAGAGAACGCGCCAUAAUGGCGUACAGACUGAUGCGAAAACAACGUCUGCAAGAAAAGAACGGUGUCGUGUGAAGCAAAAAGAGUUGCGUGGAUGUCGUGCGUGGAUUGCAUCCGCAGCAGCAAGUCCCGAUGAAAAGUUUGUUGCGAAAGUUUUCGUAUAACGCGAAAAAGUUGUAGCUCGCGAUAAAGAUCUCCAAGGAAUUGACAGUUAUUACCAACUCUUUGGAAGCACACAAGUUAUCUGUCACCUGGCUGUCUUUCAAUUGUGAGGAAAUGACUGCCUAUGGCUUGCACAGGUUACAGGUUGCUUGUCCUGCCGGCUUUUCCUCCUUCUGCGAUUUUU